CACACAAAUUACAAACCAUAUAUUUUUCCUCCGAACCCCUAAUUGGUAUACUUAGCCUUGCUCUCUACGGCGGCCGAAUUCGACCAGAUCUCAUCUGCAUCUUCAUCAAUUCAAGCUUGACCAAUAUGGAACAACGAGAUGGCUUUAAUAAUGAGGACAUGAUCAGUCAGUUGCCUGAGGCUUUGAUUCUGGAGAUAUUGUCUCAUCUUCCGACGACAGUUGCUGUAACCACGAGUGUUUUGUCCAAGCAAUGGCAGUCUCGUUGGAAGACUUUGCCUAAGCUCAGUUUUGAUUCUUGCGGUCCUUACCACCGCAAGGCUUUGCUUUCACAAAAGGCUCCGGUUCUACAGAGUUUGCAUCUCAAUAUCUGUUUUGAUAAGUGUACUGCAAUGGAUACUGAAAAAAUGAUUGGAACUGCAUUCGCCCGCAAUCUGCGUAAGCUGGUACUCCAAGUUAACUAUAUUGAAAAAUUCAGAUUUCCUAAAAGCUUGUGCAACUGUGAAACACUAGAGACCUUGGAACUCAAGUAUUCCAUUCUUUUAGAUGUCCCCGCUUCUUCAGUUCGUCUGAAAUCCCUUAGAACUCUGCACCUUUUCUAUGUGAUCUUCAAAGACGAUGCAUCAGUUAUGAACCUUUUAUCUGGCUGUCCUAAUCUCGAAAACUUGGAUGUGCAUGGUAAUGGACAUGUGAAGACUUUCACUAUUGACGUCCCAUCAUUACAGAGACUAACAAUUUAUAAUAACGAUGGUAGCGGACAAAGUUGUGGUGGCUAUGUGAUAAAUGCUUCUUCUUUAAAAUACUUGAAGAUUGAAGUGUAUACUAGUCUUGAGUUUUGUCUCGUUGAGAAGGUGACUGAUCUGAGGGAGGCAAAUCUCAUUGUUGACCCGCGGAUAAUCAAUGAGAACCUUCUCGAAUCUAUAACUUCAGUCCAGCGUCUUUCCUUGAGAUUAUUAUCACCUUUGGAGUUUAAGUUUCCCAGGGGUAGCAUCUUCCAUAAGCUGGUAUACUUGGAGCUAUGUACAACUUAUGAACCUAAUUGGUGGAAUCUACUUACCCUCAUGCUUGAUGGUUCUCCUAGUUUGCAAGUUCUCAAGCUCCAUGGCAAAUUUGGUUGGAGAAAAGACCUCGUGGCUUGUGAGAACUCAUGGAAUCGACCAGAAAAUGUUCCUGAAUGUUUAUUGUGGAACCUCGAGACAUUCGUUUGGGAUUUCUAUGCAUGGAACCGAGAGGGUGAGGUUGAAGUGGCAAAAUAUAUUCUAAUUAACUCAAAUCGUUUGAAGAGAGCAACUUUUUCCUCAAAACACAUCACUGAUCCUAAAGAGAGAGAUAACAUGGUCGAGGAUUUGAAUAGUGUGGUCAGGGCUUCUAGUUCAUGCCAGCUUCUGGUCAAAUGAGAAAAAUGUGUAAUAUAGGACUCUUUGUUCUCACAUCUAACUUUAACUAUGCUUUGGUGUAGAGGCU